UGGAAAUGAUUUCUCAAAGGAAGUACCAGGGGCCUGGAGCCCAGGCGGGGCGGCUGGGAAACACUGUAGGCUCUUCGGGGCAGGGACCAGCUCCCAGUGCGGCUCUGGCGCCUGCCCAUGCUUGCUUGGCCCUCAGGCCCGGCUCCUCGGAGGGAUUUCAGUGCCGAACGGCCCUGGCACGACGCUAGGAAGGCGAGCGCGGGAAGAAAGCGGGACUCGGAGCCGCAAAGCCCCAAGCAGGGCGCGCGGGAGGCUGCGCUCGGCGCGGCUCAGUCCCGCCCCCUGCGGCGGGACCAAUAAAGUUGCUACAAAGUGACCUUGGGCUGCGGCGUUCCCCCCCCCCCCCCCCCCCCCCCACAUCCGGGCGCUCCUCGCCCCCGCCGCGCCUGCGCACCCCGCCCCAUUCAGUCCGCUCGACCUCUGCCGCUGCAGCCGGGAGGCGGAUUCCAGCGAGGAGGCCCCGGGGACACAGCGCCAGCCCGCAGCCCUCUGCCAUGUUCGCCUGCGUGAAGCUCGCCUCCUCCCCGGCCCUGAUCCGUGCAGGAUCAAGAGUCUUGUACAGACCAAUUUCUGCAUCAGUGUUGUCUAAGCCAGAGGUCAGGACUGGAGAGGGCAGCUCAACACUUAAUGGAGCCCAGAAUGCUGUCUCCCAAGUAGCACUUAGAGAGUUCCAGACUAGUGCUGUCAGCAGGGAUAUUGACACUGCUGCCAAAUUUAUUGGUGCUGGCGCUGCCACAGUAGGAGUGGCUGGUUCUGGUGCUGGUAUCGGAACAGUCUUUGGUAGUCUAAUCAUUGGUUAUGCCAGAAAUCCCUCUCUGAAGCAGCAGCUGUUUUCAUAUGCUAUCCUGGGAUUCGCCCUGUCUGAAGCUAUGGGUCUCUUUUGUCUGAUGGUUGCUUUCUUGAUCCUGUUUGCAAUGUGAAGAGAUCUGCUGCUCGUAAUGUUAGCAUUAGUAAACUACAAAUGUAAUUGUAUGUAUUUUACUGAGGCUCCCAAAAUGUUGGUGUCGUGGAAAUGAACAUUAUUUCCAAAGUCAUUUCAUUAAAGAUAAUAACUUUAA